UCAGGCCCCGCUCUUUGUGACUUCCGCGAGAUCAGCCCCCUCCCGUCGUGCCGUUGCCAGGAAACGGAAAGGAGCUGUGGCGGCGUGACUUACCGGCAGGCCGGGGGAGAUCUUGGAGGCAGGCCGGGGAGAGGGACGGAGUGUGUGAUCGUGUGGGCAGCCCGUCACAGGCAGUUAACAGAACUCUGGAAGAAUUGAACAAGCUACUUCUUUGAUGCCCACAUUGGUUACUUCAUUUAAAAGCAAGUUGACGCACACAAAAGUACCAGAAGCCUUAUGAAACACCUGCAUGAAAAUAAAGCUGGGGGCCAGCCCCGUAAGAAGAAUUCCUCCUCUGGUAAGGGCAGUAGGACGCCAGCAGUUCAGACUCUGGAUGACAGUGGGCGGAUCAGUAUCUUAAAUCGAAAACUCUUGGCCCAGAAACGAUCUCUACAAGGUUUGAGCAGCAUGGGAGGUGGUGCUGCAGAAAGUGCUGAUGAUGCCAAAAGACCUAAGCUCUUGCCUGAAGUGAAUUCACCUAGCCAAGAAUCUGAAGACGAGUCGGAUGACAGCGAUUAUGAAAAAGUGGAGAGUGAUAAUGAUGCCAGUGAUACUACAGAGAGCGAUGAAGAUGAUGGGGAUGAAACUGGCAGUGAUGCAUCAGAAAGUAGUAAUGAAGACCCUGAAGAAACCGCAGGCCAGCCUUCAAGGCCUGACUUAACAAAAGAAUUGUCUUCAAUGUCUUUUGAGGAGCUGUUACAAAUGAGAAACCAAGUUGGGAUGAAGGCUUAUCAGCAAAUGACAUCUAAGAAAAGGCCACCAGAUGUCACAAAAACAAAGAAGAGGCCGUGUUUGAGCAAAAACAGGCCUUUGGAAACUUCAGCCAAACUGCCAGUACCUUUUCUGCGGCAAGUCGUGCCCGUUAAGAAAAAGGUGUCCAGAGAUCCUCGAUUUGAUGACCUCUCUGGGGAAUAUAAAUCAGAAGUAUUUGAAAAAACAUAUAGUUUCUUAAAUGAUGUGAGGAAGAAGGAGAAAGAGGUUAUUCAGAAGCAAUUGAAGAAAAGCCAAAAUGUGGAAGAGCAGAACAAAUUGCAGCAGCUCCUUAAGCGAAUGACACAACAGGAAGAAGCACAGAGAAAAUUCCAGAAGAAGAAAGAACAUUCCUUGGCAUUCAAGAGGCAGCAAAGAGAGUUGGCCAAGCAAGGAAAGAAGCCUUUCUUCCUAAAGAAAUCUGAAGUACAGAAAUUGGAACUUGCUGAGAAAUACAAAAAUCUGAAGAAAAGUGGGAAGCUGGAGAGUUUCCUGAACAAGAAGAGGAAAAGGAAUGCUGCUAAGGAUAAAAGGAGACUCCCUUUUCGGAAGGAUAGCUAAUCUCUGGCUACCCCCACUCAAGCUCCCCUCUCCAAAAGAAGACUUCACCCACAGAUUCAUAUUUUGUCAGUUGUACAGGCAACUCUGGGAAAGAUGACCUCUUGAGCCUUAGCUAGGCAGUGAGGGCAAAUAGCCAGGAAUCAUCCCACAGUUCAAGAUACUCUGCCAAGUAAUUUAUAUCUGCUGAAAAAAAUAAUUGUGCAAAAUUAUGUUUCAAUUUUCACAAGCACCUCUUAAACUUUGAAAAAGGAAUAUUUUUAGUGAUUACAUUUCCUGCUGCUUAUUCUUCUUUUCCUUCCAGGCCAAGAAGUAAUAGAUCCCUAUCAAUCUGAUUUUGGUCCCCUCUGCUUUUCCCAAAACUGAUCUUCCUCCUUCUAGUCUAUUUUUUUCUACUGUGUGAGGGUUGGCAUUCACCUACCGUUUUUCAGAAUUGCCUUCCUGGAGAGCACUCGUUUACCUUCCUGCAGCUACCCAUUAGUCCUGCUUGAUUGUGGUUCCAGCUGUUUUAUUUGCAGAGCUUAACAGAAUAACAAUAACUGAUGCUUAACGAAUUUCCCAUUGAACAGCAGCCCUGCACAAGGUAGAAUCUCCAAUAAAGCACUAUUUGCAGUAUUGCAGAUGGAAGAAUCACAAACAGCAUAUUGAAUUCUAGUCUUAAGAGGGCAAAUAUAUAUUCCAGCUUCUUAAAUUUUGGUUAGGGACAACUGGUUUUUUUGUAAUAUGAAUGCAUUUACUUUUACUGCUGGACUAUGAGCAGUGCAGUCCAUGUUUUUAGCAGGUUUUUAGAAAAUUUAUGUAAACAUAUAGAAUGUUACUACAGUACAACCCUGGCAAUUUAUAUUUUGACUGAGUUUUCUGGAUCACUAACUAGCAUCACUGUUUGGGUGUAUUUAAAAAUUAGUUAUUCUUACAAAGUAAAUAUUUUAUUUGUUGGUAUAAAAUAUAGGAAUAAUAAUAGAUAAAUUAACUUUGCAAUACCUCAUAAUCAAAUAAAAGUUUUACAAUUUUUGAAUGUU